AUUUUAUGCAUCAAAUGGUUCACAGCUAACGAUCUGACUAGUAAAUUAGAUGUAACCACUAUAUAAAGUCUGUUAUUACAUUCAGAGGCAUAAGUUACCGAGAUCGAGUUUGAGACGAUGGCUGGUAAACUAAUUGUGUUCUGCUGUGUUUUGGUCGCGGUGUUUGCGGAGAAGUACACCGAUAAAUAUGACAACAUUAACUUGCAAGAGAUUUUGGAAAAUGAUCGUUUGCUGGAGGCUUAUAUCGACUGUGUCUUGGAUAAAGGAAAGUGCAGCGCUGAAGGAAAGGAAUUGAAAGACCACAUCCUAGAGGCGCUCGAAACAGGGUGUUCCAAAUGCACUGAGGCUCAAGAGAAGGGCACGCGCACCGUAAUAGAGCACCUCAUCAACAAGAAGAAGGCGGUUUGGGAAGAGCUCUGUGCCAAAUACGACCCUGAAGGGAAAUACAGGAAGAAGUACGAGGAACGCGCGAAGUCUGCCGGUUUAACCGUUUAAAAUAUCAUUUGAACAGAUUUUGUUUUAUUUUUCUAAAUAAAUGGUUGGUUAUGCA